GUUGGGUAUACUCCUGAAUGUGUCUGUAAGAGUGUGUGUCAGUGUGUGCAUUCAAAGGGAGUGUGUUGUGGAGUUGCGAGUUUAUAGUAGAUAGCUAUAGGGAGAGGAGAGACAGCCUGACUAAAAAGACACCGGGGAAAGGCAUCAGCUAGAAAAAGUAUCGUGGCGGUGGGAGAGGGUGACACGGGCCCUCGAUUCAGUCUGUCUUUGCCCACCAGAGACUCUGUACCGUUUUGUCCUGGAUCUGAUCCAACACAAUAAUCCCAGCAUCGGGGUUUUACAAUUUUAUUUUGUGAAAAUCAAGUUAUUCAAAAUACCAAUCACAACAAUAACAACAACAACAACAGCUCAUGACUAAUUGAGUCAACAGUAAGAGUGAGAACCGUCGGGUGAUUAAAACCGAAAAUUCAACUGUACAUAUUUACAAUGAAUUGAUUAGGGCCUAAUGAUAAUGUCACUUGACUGAAUACAGUACACAUAUAUGUAUAUAUGUAUAUAUAAAUAUAUUAUAUAUACAUAUAUAGAUGUAUUAUAUGUAUAUAAUAAUUGAAAGUGUGGAAGCCAAGUUGAGAUAGCAGCAAAAGCAGCAGCAGCAGCGACAACAAUAACAGCGAAGGCAGAAGCAGGACCAGGAGGAAGAGCAAGAGCAGGUUGAAGGUUUAAUUUGUUAAGUGAAAAAAUUAAGGAGCGUGGAGGAAGUUAAGGGCGCGGGUUACGCGGGUGCAACGUUCGGGUACGCUAGUCGGCAGGCCGGCUCUGGGGUGCCGGGUCCGGGGGGUGUGAUGAGCUGCUCCGAGGUGAUGUAUCAAUAUUAUCCUUACCUCUAUCAGAGGCCACCGCCACCCCCGCACCCGAGUCAUCCCCAUGCGGCGCCGCAUCCUCAUCCACACGCAAAUCCACACACUGCUCAUCAUAGUCCUGCGAGGCCCGCACCUUUUCAACCAUUUUCCGCUACUGCAACUGCUCAUCAGUAUGAUAGGAUAAAUGUCCAUCAGAGAUCGUUAGAAGCAGCAGCAGGACUGGAAUUAUGUGCAGCAGCAGCAGUAGCAAGUGGUAGUGUACCUCAAGGUCAGCCAAGUAGUGCAGGAUCAGUAGGAUCAGCACCAAGUCCAGCAUCACCACGACCUACACCUCAAUCGAGACAACAAUCGUUAGCAGCGGCAUCACAGCCAUCGAGAACUUUAGAUGAUGACCGAUCUACGGAUGGCCCAGGAACGACAGCCGAUGAUUCAGAUGAUGGUGAAAGCAGAGCGCAGUAUGUUAAUGCUAAUUGCGUUGUCUUUACACAUUACCGCGGUGAUGCUGCAUCCGAAGUUGAAGAACACUUUCAAAGAGCUUUAGCCCAUGACAAAGUUAAAGAAAAUAUUCCAAUGUCGACGAGGAAUUUCCCACCGUCUUUCUGGAAUAGUCAGCAUCCGGGUGACGUGUACGAAUACCCAACGGAUCCUUGGCAUCCUCAUUAUCCUCAGUAUCACCACAGAGCCGUCCAUGAGUAUCAUCAUCACAAUAUGGCGGCAGCCGCAAGCUACGGAGGGUUGUUACUCGGGGGUGCAAGAAGUCUAGGCCAUCAUACGUCACAUCAUGCGGCUCAUCACGCACACGCAGCAGCAGCUUCAUACAAAGACUGGACGUCUGCGACGCCUUCGCAAUCCCUCGUAGACGCAUCCUCAGCACCCCCCUAUCAUGGCCCUUACGCGCCCCUAUCUGGUGAGUAUUGGACCUAAAUAUCAAACGGUCCUUUUGAUCACAUAUCCGACACACACGUUUAUUGCUUUUCAUAACAAAAAAAACAUCAAAAACAACUACAUAUGUACAUAUUUAAUUAUUAUUAAUAAUGAUUCGGGGUUUUUUUCCAACACCAACCCCA